AUGGGUACCUCUGACAAAAUUCAUGAUAAAAUACCCAGUACAUCGAGAGAACAGCAGCAACCCUUUCGCCCAAACGAACCAGAAGAGUGCAUAACAACGCUAAAAGAUCUUAAUGUUCCUGAGACGAAGAAACUUUCUUCAGUUUUACAUGGUAGAAAGGCAAGCACAUACUUAAGAAUCUUUAGAGAUGACGAAUGUUUGGCUGAUAACAACAAUAGUGGUAAUAGUAACAAUAGCGGAUCUUUGUCAUGCGCGGGCAAAAAACCAAGAACAAAAUCAACUUCGAAAUCAAUUUCAGAGGUCUUUGAUGAAAAACCAAGUCCAGAAACUUCGCCUUUUCCACCGUCAACUCCCAUUUUAUUAAACCACGAGGAACCGGCAAUUAAGCCCAACAAGCACGUGGCGCACAGCAUUAAUAUUAACGCGAGUGAUGAGAGGGGCCAAUGCUGUGAUGAGGGAAACGACAAACAACAAUCAUCCCAACCACAGGCGAUACAUCGACAAACUUCUUUAAAUCCAAGCCAAAAUAUAGAUGAAGAGUGUAUUUCACCUAAGUCUACCCAUCAGGAUACUCUACAUGGAAUUUCAGAGGACCUAAAACUGAAACCUGUUUCCUCUGCAACGUACUAUCCUCAUAAAAGUAAAGCUGGUUGUGGUUAUGAAGAAAAGGAUAAAAUGGAAAAUGAUAUCGAUACUAUUCAACCUUCCGCCAUAAACUUUGCAUCUAGUAUUGCAACAUUUCCUCGGACGUAUAAUAGACAUACCUUAAAGGUGAAGGCUCAUUCAAGUUUAUCACAGUCCUUAAGGCAGGAAAAUAUUAAUAACUGUAGUAGCAAUAAUAAUGUUCAACGAUUCGUCCAACAAAGCAAACCAAUCGAAGAUCAAUACAAACCCGUUGUACAAGAUACCAAAGAUGAGCAAGUGGAAGAAGAAGAAGAAGAGGACGAACGUGAGGAUGAACAUAGAGAAUAUCCCUUGGCGGUCGAACUAAAGCCAUUUACAAAUAGGGUUGGGGGUCACACUGCCAUAUUUAGAUUUUCGAAGAGAGCGGUUUGUAAAGCCCUCGUAAAUAGAGAAAACAGAUGGUAUGAGAAUAUAGAAUUAUGUCAUAAAGAAUUAUUGCAGUUUAUGCCGCGUUAUAUUGGUGUCUUAAACGUUAGGCAACAUUUCCAAUCAAAAGAUGAUUUUUUGAAUGACUUGGGUCAAGAAGACAACGGUAACGACAACAAGAAUAAUAAUAAUAAUAAUAGCAAACACAAAUACACAGAAGAUAAUGAAUAUCACAACAGUAACGACGAUGUUUCACUUAACGCGGAACUUACCGGAACUCCCCUAACCCACAUUCAUUCAUUCCCCUUGGAACAUUCAUCGAGAGAAAUACUCGAAAAGGUGCAUCCUGGAAUGGAAACUAUUCAGCAGCACGUCAAGAGAUCACUGUCGAGUUCUAAUCAGCCUUUUUUAUUACCUGAGGUAGUUUUGAAUGAUAACAGACAUAUUAUACCAGAAUCCCUGUGGUACAAGGAUUCUGAUUCUCCGAAUUCGGCACCGAAUGAUUCAUACUUUUCUUCCUGCUCUUCCCAUAAUUCCUCUUCUUUCGAUGACCAUAGCAAUAUGAGCAAAUUGAAAAGGCGUGAUUCCGGAUCUACUAUGAUUAAUACAGAAUUGAGAAAUUUAGUAAUAAGGGAAGUAUUUGCACCAAAAUGUUUUAGAAGGAAAAGAAAUUCUAACACAGUUACGAUGGGAAACCAUAAUUUGCGCUCAGAGUCCAAUCAGCCUUCUCUCAUACAAAAAUCAAGAGCGUCAUCUCAUGAUGCAUCGAAUACAUCCGUUAAGGCUCUUGAUGAUUCAUCCUCACUAACGAAUUUACAGAUGGACAAUUCAAAUUCCAAUUCUAAUUUACAGGGUCCGUUUUUGAAGAAAUCACUCCAUGAAAAAAUAUCCAAUGCAUUAGAAGGAUCGCAUUCAGUAAUGGAUUUGAAGCAGUUCCAUAAAAACGAACAGAUAAAACGUAAAAACUCAUUUUGCAAUUCUUUAUCUCCCAUUCUCACUGCAACUAAUUCCAGAAAUGAUGGCGAGUUUAUUUCUUCCUCGGACCAUGCCAGCAACGCACAAGAUGGUGUGUUUGAUAUGGAUGAGGAUACGGAAAACGAUACAAUAAAUAUGGCUAACCACGGGAAUCAUGAUGGCCCCGGUAAGAACAUGAUCAUAAAAUCAUUGGGGUAUAACGUUACAAAUGAUUAUAGUCACCAUGAUAUCGAAUCAAUUACGUUUGAAGAGACUUCACACACCAUUGUCUCAAAAUUUAUUCUAUUAGAAGAUUUGACAAGAAACAUGAAUAAACCCUGCGCAUUGGAUUUGAAGAUGGGGACAAGGCAAUACGGCGUAGAUGCUAAGGGAGCUAAACAACUAUCCCAGCGUGCCAAGUGCUUAAAGACUACCUCUAGAAGAUUAGGCGUUAGGGUUUGCGGUUUAAAGGUUUGGAAUAAAGAUUAUUACAUCACUAGAGACAAAUAUUUUGGUAGAAGAGUUAAGGUCGGUUGGCAAUUUGCUAGGGUUAUUGCACGAUUUUUGUAUGAUGGUAAGACGGUUGAAAGUUUGAUAAGGCAAAUUCCAAGACUUAUCAAACAAUUAGAUACUUUGUACUCUGAAAUUUUCAACCUGAAAGGUUACAGAUUAUAUGGCGCAUCUUUAUUACUGAUGUAUGAUGGCGAUGCUAAUAAAGCGAAUUCUAAAAGGAAAAAAGCCGCAAAUGUCAAAGUCAACUUGAUCGACUUUGCACGUUGUGUAACCAAAGAAGAUGCCAUGGAAUGUAUGGAUAAAUUCCGCAUACCACCAAAAUCACCGAAUAUAGAAGAUAAAGGAUUCUUGAGAGGUGUAAAGAGCUUAAAGUUUUAUCUGUUACUAAUCUGGAAUUACCUAACUUCUGACGUGCCAUUAAUUUUUGAUGAAACAGAAAUGAAUAACAUGAUAACUGAUGAAACAGAUUCAGAUAUUACAGGACACAACAGCAAGUUUAACAAAAGAUGGGAUUGGUUGGACGAAUUUGACCAGGAAGAUGAAGAAAUGUAUAAUGACCCAAACAGUAAGCUAAGGCAAAAGUGGAGGAAGUACGAACUCAUUUUCGAUGCUGAGCCAAGAUACAAUGACGAUGCUCAAGUUAGUGAUUGA